AUGGACUUUAUGGUAGGGUUGCCACGGACUUUGGGUAAGUUUGAUUCCAUUUGGGUGAUUGUGGAUCGUUUGAUUAAGCCAGCUCAUUUCAUUCCUGUUUCGAGGACUUAUACUUCUGAGAAGCUGGCUAAGAUAUACAUUCGUGAGAUUCUUCAUUUGUAUGGAGUGCCCAUUUCCGUUAUUUCUAUUAAAGGGACUCAGUUUACCUCUUACUUCUGGCAUUAUCAUUUGAGUAUUGAGAUGGCUCCGUUUGAGGCUUUGUAUGGUAGGAGAUGUCGAUCUCCCAUUGGAUGGUUUGAUUCUUUUGAGUUUUCACCCAUGAAGGGUGUUAUGAGGUUUGGAAAGAAAGGAAAGUUGGGUCCUCGUUACAUUGGCCCUUUUGAGAUCAUUCAGAGAGUUGGAGAUGUUGCGUAUAAGUUAGCACUACCUCUUGGUUUGUCGAGUGUUCCGGUGUUCCAUGUUUCUAUGCUCAAAAAGUAUGUUUCAGAUGGUUCUCAUGUGAUUAGAUGGAAUUCGGUGAUGCUUGAUCAGAAUUUGUCCUAUGAGGAGUAG